AUGAAGCUCAAUGCGCUCGUUGUCCUCGGCUCCAUUGGUGUCGCCGCUGCCCGGUAUACCGCCAAUUUGAACUACCACUCCCCGUCAGCCCAUCACCCGUUUCUCGGUAUCUCUUUGUACAAGGUCGUUCGCCGGCACGACGCCGCAGUCCGGUCCAUUGAUGCCGCAGCCUUGAACUUUACCCAUGGAGUCGCCUCGGGCGAUCCGUAUGCGACCUCUGUGAUCCUCUGGACUCGAGUUUCCCCGGAGUAUGACAAUGACAAGAGCAACACCACGGUGUCGGGAACUGUGCCCCUGUUCAAUCACGACACCCAAGAAUACGUGCGCAUUUCCACGGCUCCCGUCUGCGUGAAUUACGAAGUGGCAACCGACCGGAACAUGAUUGAUGUUGUCACUUCGGGCCAGGCUUACACUUCCUCGGAUAUUGAUUGGACCCUCAAGGUCGAAGCCACAGGCCUGAAGCCUUUCACGCAAUACUACUACCAGUUCAUUGUCUGUGACUCGGACAACGCUAGCCCGGUUGGCCGGACCAAGACUGCCCCAGCCCCCGACGAUGAUGUCUCGGAGCUCUCCGUGGCCGUCUAUUCGUGCUCGAACUACCCCUUCGGUUUCUUCAACGCCUUCGGCCACUCCGUGCGAAAGGACUCGGUGGAUUAUGUCCUGCAUCUGGGCGACUUCAUUUACGAGUACGCCGAAGGCGCCUAUGGAUGGGGCUGGGCCAUUGACCGAGUUUCUCAGCCAAACAAGGAGAUCCGCACCCUCUACGACUACCGCAGGAGGCAUGCGUCCUAUCGUGCCGAUUCCGACGCCUUCCUGAGCUUUGCGAGCUAUGCAUGGAUACCUGUCUGGGACGACCACGAGGUGGGAGACAACACUUGGCGUGAUGGCAUGGCGGAUCACAAUAAUACUGAAGAUUCCUUCAUCCAAGACGGACUUAUGUAUGGCGGUUCAGGCCUAUCAUUCGACCAAAGAAAGAUGAACGCCGUGCGCGCGUAUUUUGAAUGGAUGCCCAUCCGCCAGGUCGAAAUGGACGAUAACCUCCGCAUUUGGCGGUCAUUCUCCCUUGGCAACCUCGUGGACAUCAUCAUGCUCGACACCCGGCAGUACGAUAGAUCUAUUACAGAUCUAUACUGGAACUCUGAAUAUAUCCAUGAGAUCCAGAACGAUGCGGGAAGGUCACUCAUGGGAAGUCGCCAGGAGAAUUGGUUCUACAAUCAACUCUCAAAGUCUAAGAACCGCGGAGCCGCAUGGCGUCUAAUCGGAUCUCAGGUUGUUUUCUCGCGCUUGAACCAAUCCACUACAGGCUUUGCUGAUGAUCCUUAUAAUAUGGAUACCUGGGAUGGUUACCAGGCCAAUCGAAACCGCACGUUUCAGCAUCUUUACAACAAUAACAUCACUAACAACAUUGUCAUGGCUGGUGACAGCCACAUGAAUUGGGCCUCGGACCUUGUGUGGCUGGAUGAACAUGACUACGACCCAGAAACAGGGGCUGGCUCGGUGGGGGUUGAAUUUUCCGGCUCGGCAGUCAGCAGCCCUUGCCCGCAUGGCCAAAACAUAACAAUCGACGAAGCGAAUAGGAACAGUGCAGCUCUUGUGGCGGGGAACCGCGAGCUCCUGUGGCAAGAGAUGUAUUACCGUGGAUACUACGAACUGACGAUAAGUCAGAAAGCCGUCCACGCGAGGUACUAUGGUGUUCCCACGCUUGUCCAACGUACUCCAUUGGAAGUGAGCCUAGCCAACUUUACAGUCCUGCGGGAUGCCAAUGCUGUGCAGCGGCCCAUUGCCGGUGGAGUCGUUGAAAGCGGAGCAGUGAAGUGUGGAAAGGUUCUCCAGACCAACUUGACGUAUGACACGGCGACCGGGGAGUAUUCUGUACAUAACUUGUCGACCUUCGGCUACGACCAAAUCGUCGACUGA